AGCCGGGAAGGUGGGACUGGGGCCUCCGGGCUGGCGGGCUGCGGUAGUGCCAGUCUGCGUGAGGGUCCCCCCGCGAGCGUGGGGGCUUCUUUGGGCUCGGCCGUGCCGCAUCUGCGGCCCAGGCGCUCCUCCCAGCUGCGGGCACUGCGGGGCGGCUGCCCGGGGCCUGCCGCUGGCUCCGUUUCGCUCUCGCCGAGGCGCUGCCCGUCCUGUUCCGCUCCCGCGUCCUCCUCGCAUCAGCGGGCCCCGCUUCUGCCUCAGGGCCUCCUCUUCUGCUGCCCGUGCCGCAGCAGCGCCAGCCUGCCCGUCCGCUGGCUCUUCCCAAAGUGCCUUGUGUUGGGUUUAACGAGUGCUCAGGCAACCAUGUCAGAAGGGGACAGUAUUGGUGAGUCUGUGCAUGGAAAGCCUUCUGUGGUCUAUAGAUUUUUCUCAAGACUCGGACAGAUCUACCAAUCCUGGUUAGACAAAUCUACUCCAUAUACUGCAGUGCGAUGGAUUGUAACUUUGGGUCUGAGUUUUAUCUACAUGAUUAGAGUUUAUUUACUGCAGGGUUGGUACAUUGUGACAUAUGCCUUGGGAAUCUACCACCUAAAUCUCUUCAUAGCUUUCUUGUCGCCAAAGGUAGACCCCUCUUUAAUGGAAGAUUCAGAUGAUGGUCCUUCUUUACCUACAAGGCAAAAUGAAGAAUUUCGGCCUUUCAUUAGAAGGCUCCCAGAGUUUAAAUUCUGGCACUCUGCCACUAAAGGAAUCCUGGUUGCUAUGGCAUGUACGUUCUUUGAGGCUUUCAACGUUCCUGUUUUUUGGCCAAUCCUUGUGAUGUACUUCAUUAUGCUUUUUUGUAUCACUAUGAAGAGGCAAAUCAAGCACAUGAUAAAGUACAGAUAUAUACCCUUCACACAUGGCAAGAGGAAAUACAAAGGGAAAGAUGACGUUGGAAAGACCUUUGCUAGCUAGAAGAUGCAAUCAACCUGUUGACCAGUUCUACUCCUAACUAAAGGAACGAUUUUGAGCCAUUGUAACAAUGCCUUUUUUCUUCAUAAAAAAAUAUUAACAGAGUGGUGACAAAACAGUUAAAUUUUUGUUUUAAAGGAUUGUGCUAUUUUUACCUGAAAUAUCAGUUUCUUGAAGAAACUGGCAUUCUAACCAAAUUGCAUUGAGUUUGUUAUCUUUUGUAAGCAGUUGGAGAAAUCUUGGAUAAUCCCAUAGAUUUGGGAUAAUGUAUUCCUUUCAAGAUCCAUUGCACUGGAGCAAUUAAUGGCUUAGAGUUGUGUAUUUUUACAUAGUUCUCCUGCUCAAUAUCACCCUGAAGUGCUGUGCACGUAUCUGGAGGAAAAAUGUACGAUGGCACACGUGAUGCUGUUUUCUGCUUCAUGGCCGUGUGCUAUUUUCAUAGACAAAUUCAGCAGACCUAAAUAGAUGCAGAACUUAAGCCAGUUUCCUAAAUGCAUGGUAUUACAGAGUUAUAACCAAACAAAUAUAGAUAGGAAUAAGAAAUCUACAAAAUUACAGAGUUUGCAGUAGGGAAAAGAUACUCAUAGCUUCUCAAGUAACUCGUUUGUGUUGGGUUUUAAUGCCAGUUUCACCAUGACAUCUCCUCAUAGAUGCUAAAAUUGGGCUCUUUCAUAAUGACUCAAACUUUGUUCAAAAUCACAACUUACUUUGAGGACCUGGAAUUAUAAGAAUAUAUAUUUUAAUUGUUACUAGUUGGAGUUUCUUUCAUACUUAAGGAUUUCUUGAUUAAUUUAAGCUGACUUCAUGCAGCCCCUUCAGAAUAUACCCAAACUGGCCAUAGCAGAUAAAUGGUGUGGGUUUUAACACAGCUUUUCAUUUUCUAUGGGAAAAAAAAGAAUCCGUGAUAAAUGACCUGCAUGUAAACUUUUUCAUGUGAUACAGCUGCAGUUUUAUUAAGUGAAUUUUUAAUUCCAGAAUUUAUUAAAAGACAGUGUCCCCCUUUA